UCAUCAUGUAAAGCGUCUUGGAGGCAACGAUUUUGCCUGACAGCACAGCGAGGAUUUGUUUCUAUGUAUUUUUUUAAAUAUUGCCUGAUAAUAUUUUCAAAUCUCAUACUUUCCAUGAACAAUUACAAUGUUUUGAAUAUAUCAUGACAUUAAUCUAGUUAAAUACAUAGAAUGAACACAACAGAAUAACAAUUGUUUAUUAGUGUACAGUUUUCGGACGCAUGUUGCCACGGAUGACUUCAAUUUUUCUGAACGUAAACGCAAAAAUUUACGUUUUACCUAUAAAUAUUAGCUGUUUGGACAGCAUUUGGUAUCGGUUAUUAAUUCAAGAAAUGAUUGACGAUACUAUGUACACACAGAAAGCACUUACUUUGUACAAACUAAAGGGACGACUUUUUGCAGUGAUGGCUGUAAUAGGAACAGUUGGGUUUAUUUUAUUUUUGACCCAGUUUUACAGUACUGAUAGACGGCCAAAAGUUGAAUUUUCUCUAGCUUCUGAACUAAAUCGAGGAUUGAAUAUUGAGGGGACAGCAGCGCCAAAUAUGAACAAAAGUUUACUUAAUGACAUUUAUGCAAUUGUAUUUGAUGCUGGAAGCACAGGCUCAAGAGUACAUAUCUAUAAAUUUCAAACUAGUCAAGACAAGCCACUUGAGCUUUUACAUGAAACAUUUGAAGAAGUGAAACCAGGACUGUCAUCUUAUGCAGCAGAUCCACUGAAGGCAGCACAUAGUUUAGAUGGAAUGUUAGAGACAUGUGUGCGGGAGAUACCUAAACAUUUACAAUCCAGAACUCCGCUUAUACUGAAGGCAACAGCUGGACUAAGGCUGCUACAGGAGGGACAGGCAGACAAUAUUCUAAAUGAGGUUACAGCUCAUCUGAAGAAAUUUCCUUUCAAACUUGUGGAAAAUGGUGUUGGUAUAAUGGAUGGUGUAGAUGAAGGUGUAUUUAGUUGGAUAACUGUAAAUUUUAUGCUUGGAUUGUUGUCAGACAGUGGCCACCCAGAGCCAGCACUUGAUCUUGGCGGUGGAUCUACACAAAUCACUUUUGUCCCCACUAAACCAGAAACAACGAAACAUUUGCGUAAUGAAUUUAUGAAAAAUGUGAUCCUGUUCAAAAAUGAAUACAAGUUAUAUACUCACAGUUAUCUCGGUUAUGGGCUGAUGUCAGCAAGAUUUACAAUAACUGGAGGUGACAGUCUCACAGGCAACAAUCCUGCUCGUUCCUUCCUGACUAGUGUAUGUAUACCACCAGGAUAUUCUGGGAACUAUACACAUUCUGGCAAAGUCUAUAAACUCAGGGGAACAUCACCAGGUCAGUUUAAAUAUGACCAUUGUGCAUCUGAGAUGAAAUCGCUAGUGGACAGUCAGAUCAGACCAGUUAUAGAAUUGUCUGGAAACAAUCUCUACCUCUUCUCAUAUUUUUUUGACAGAGCAGUAGAAGCUAACCUCAUAGAUAAGUCUGGAGGUGUAGUGUCUGCAGUAGACUUCAAAAAUGCGGCAAUAAAAGCUUUUAAAGUAGCGAACAUUGAGAUGCCAUUCCAGGCUUUAGAUUUGACCUACAUUUACUCAUUACUACAUUAUGGAUAUCAUAUAUCAGACAGUACUCAAAUACAUUUAAAGAAGAAGAUUAACAGUGUAGAGGUGAGCUGGGGUCUAGGUGCUGCCUUCCAAUUACUGAUGCAAGUUGGACUUGUCAGAUAAUGAAGGCCCAAACUUAGGAACAUUUUGAUGAGUGUUUGAAGGAUCUAUCUUAUUUAAAUUAUACAUUGUUGAAAGUAAUGCAACGAAAAGUUUUAAGUGUAUUACAUGUUAUUUAUUGUUUGAAUCUGUGUAUGUGUUUUGCAGUAUCUUGACAUCUAUUUUAUAUUUUACGCAACCUUUGUUCUUCACACUUUUGAAAUCUUUCUGUGUUUUUAGCUCACCUAAAGUUUGUUCAGGGUGAACUGUUAGUAAAGGUGGAUGGUCCUGUGUUCCAUUGUCCCGAGUCCUUCGUCCAGCACCAACAUUUUUACUUAAACAUCUUUUCUUGUGAAAUCAUAUAGUGGAAGUUGAUGGAACUUGGCCUGGAUCUUCCUUGGAUGGUCUUCUACCAGAGUUUUUUUUCAAAGAAUUCCAUUCCAUGCAGAAUCCUGGUUGCCAUGGCAACGAAAUUGAAAAGCUUUAAAAUUCUCUUCUUCAAAACCACCAGGCCUGUAGUUAUGAUAUUUGGUGUGUGACAUCCUCUAGUGGCCCUCUACUGAAUUUAUUCAAAUGUCCAUGUGUUUAAAAUUGACCCUACCCUGGCACCCCAAGCUUUGCUAGUUUUACAUAUUGGGUAGGCUUUUAAUAUUGAAUUAUUGGAGAAAAAUCUUCUUGUCUAAAUCUGCAAGACCAAGAGCUUAGACAUUUGAUAUGUUGCAUUGUCUAGUGGUCCUUAACCAACGGCAUUCAUAUCUACCCCCUAGGUUUUAAAUUGGUCAUAGGGGUCACUUGUUUUACGUAGAUUUAUACUUGUCUAAAACCUCAAGGCUUAUAUCUUAGAUAUUUGGCAUAUAGCAUUAUGUAGAAGUCCUCUGUUAAGAAAUUUUGUACUCAUUUGGGUCAGGUGAGCACUAUAGGACCAUCAUUGUCCUUGUUAUCUUUCUCUGUUUUUGACAUUAAAAUUUAUCUCCAGUUGUGGUCAUAAUAUUAAUAUUAUUUGUCUGGUAUUACAGUGAUUUCUUUUGGCCAUUUUUAGUGCUGAAUAUGGGCUGUUUCCCCUUGCAAAAAAAACCUUUCUAUUUUCAAAAAAAACUAGUCAUUUUUUCCGAAAAUUAUUUCUUAUUUUCAACCCUGAUUGAGAUUAAUUUCAAUUGAAAUUCACAAUGUCUGUAUCUCAUCAUUGACAGACAGCAUUUUAUUACAAACAAAUGGAAAUCAACAGUCAGUCAAGAAUUAGUCCAUCUGUCUAUGAUAUAUAGAUAAAUCAGUAGAAAAGGCAAAAAAUUAGCAACUUACGAACAAAACAAGCUUGCUUUUAUUUUCCCAAUUUCUGGAUUUGUCGCGCUUAUUUUCCCAAUUUCACGGGCACAGGUACAUUAUUUCCAAAAAAAGCAUUGUAUUAUAUACAUUGUAGUUUCUACUGCCAUAUUGCAUUACUGUAAUUUCCUGCAGACAACCUGCAUCUUUGUAUAAUCUGCAUCCAUCUGAUUAAGACACAGUGUUGAAAAAACGUUUCCUUAUUAACCCUUUCUGACAGAUAAACUGUAUGGAUAUUUGUAGAAGCUGAAAUCUGUGAUAACUUGCAGGGUAUAAACAAAAGUCACAGCUGUUGUUUAAGUAUGAUUAACUUGUUUUCUGCAUAACCUAGAAAUUUGCACUAGUGUUUUUUAGCUCACCUGUCACAUACUGACAAGGUGAGCUUUUGUGAUCACCCUUCGUCCGUCAACAAUUUCUUGUCUGCACGAUAGUGGUUUCAUUUAUGAUUUUAUUUUAACCAAACUUGCACACAACUUGUAUCACCAUAAGAUCUCGGUUCCUUUCUUGAACUGGCCAGAUCCCUUUAUGGGUUCCAGAGUUAUGGCCCCUGAAAGGGCCAGAAUUAGCUAUUUUGACCUUGUCUGCACAAUAGUAGCUUUAUUUAUGAUUUGAUUUUUACCAAACUGGCACACAACUUGUAUCACCAUAAGAUCUUGAUUCCUUUCUUGAACUGGCCAGAUUCCUUUAUGGGUUCCAGAGUUAUGGCCCCUGAAAGGGCCAGAAUUAGCUAUUUUGACCUUGUCUGCACAAUAGCAGCUUCAUUUAUGAUUUUAUUUUAACCAAACUUGCACACAACUUGUAUCUCCAUAAGAUCUUGGUUCCUUUCUUAAACUGGCGAGAUUCCAUUAUGGGUUCCAGAGUUAUGGCCCCUGAAAGGGCCAGAAUUAGCUGUUUUGACCUUGUUUGCACAAUAGCAGCUUCAUUUAUGAUUUGAAUUUAAUCAAACUUGCACAAAACUUGUGUCACCAUAAGAUCUUGAUUCCUUAGUUGAAUCGGCCAGAUCCCAUAAUGGAUUCCAGAGUUAUGGCCCCUGAAAGGGCCAAAAUUAGCUAUUUUGACCUUGUCUGCACAAUAGCAGCUUCAUUUAUGAUUCCAUUUUAACCAAACUUGCACACAACUUGUAUCACCACAAGAUCUUGGUUCCUUUCUUGAACUGGCCAGAUUUCAUCAUGGGUUCCAGAGUUAUGGCCCCUUAAAGGUCCAAAAUUGGCUAUUUUGGCUUUUGCAGCCAUAUAGAGACUUCAUUUAUGGUUUUAUUUGAUACAAACUUCCAAAAUAACUUCAACAACAAUAAUUCUUGGAUUCCAUGGCAAAUCAGAUCCAAGCGUAGGUUCAGAGUUAUUUUAUAUCUGAUUACCUCCCCUGAUUGUAAUCAAAAUGGAUUUAUAUCAGUAAGUCCAUAGGACUUAUUUGAAAUUUCAUUAUUGUCAUUAGUUGGACUGAGCCAAUCAGGGUAGAUAACUAUGGACUGAUUUUAUGUCAAAUUACCUCCCUUUAUUUCAAAUUAAAAUGUGUAUAUCUCCGUAACUAAUGAAGAUACUGAUCUGAAAUUUCAUUUAUGUCAACAGAUUUAUUUGGCAGAUCCUUCUUUUGUUCACUUACAAUAAUUUUUUUUUUAAUUACUUCCCUUUUACGUUACUAUAAAUAGCUUAUUUUUAGUAACUUUUUUGUUAUUGGCCGUAGGGAAAAACCGAGACCACUUUUCUGUGGUACAACAUGGAUGGUACCUCCAAUUUUUAGGUGUAUUUUGACAUAUCUGUACCUUGUAAGAAUUUUUUUUUUCUUUUUGGUUAAAUUUCUUCCCUUUGUUGUAACUGUCCUUUGGACUUUGAUAUUUUUUCUGAGGACCUUCUUGUCCUCAAGUGCAAUGAUAACAAGUGAGCGAUAUAGGGCCAUCAUGGCCCUCUUGUAUUAAUUUGCCACACAAUUUUUAUGCCCCCGGCAUCUACUAAUGCGGGAGGCAUAUAGUGAUCGUCCUGUCCGUUCGUCCGUCCGUACGAGGUUAACCAAAUGGGACCGUUUCGUCUAGCAUCAAUACCCCUUACUAGAAUGACUUGAUACUAAUGCAGAUAUAACCUGUGACCAUUCCUCAUCUUCAAACAUCACCUGACCUCAGUUUGACCUUGAACUUUACCUCGUUUUGGACUUGGGUUGCUUUGUAUCGACAAGGAUACCACCCGGGGCAUCAAGCGUUUAUUGAACGCAGCUUCUUGUUUCUGUCAGGUUAUUGUUUGCAAAAAUGAGAAAGAUAUUUGAUGUUUUAGAAUAAAUCAUUGAAUGAUG